CGUAAAUUGCGAUGGAAUACGAGGUUGUGAGUGUGUUGGUGGUGUUGGCCAUGGUGGUGUUGGCCAUGGUGGUGAGGACGAAGGUUAUGGACGGAAGGCACCGGCUUCCACCAGGACCAAGAUGUUGGCCAGUGGUUGGUAACAUGUUCCAACUGGGGUGGUCACCACACGAGUCCUUUGCAAAACUGGCUCAUAAACACGGUCCGAUCAUGAGGCUCUGGCUAGGGUCGAUGUGCACGGUGGUUAUCUCGUCGAGCGAGGUGGCUCGUGAGAUGUUCAAAAACCAUGACGUGGCUCUUGCAGGGAGGAAGAUUUACGAGGCCAUGAGAGGGGAACAUGGCAGCGAGGGUUCUCUCGUAACUUCUCAGUACGACUCGCACUGGCGCAUGCUGAGACGCUUGUGCACCUCUGAGUUCUUCGUCACGAGUCGCUUAGAUGCGAUGCGGGGUGUGCGUGCAAAAUGUGUACACCGCAUGUUGGAUUUGAUCGAGGAAGCUGGUGAAGGUGGCACACGUGCGGUUGAUGUUGGGAGGUUUGUUUUCUUGAUGGAUUUUAACCUUAUUGGGAACCUCGUAUUCUCGGAGGACUUGUUGGAGUCUGAAACGGAGAGAGGGGAUAGGUUUUAUUACCAUGCACUUAAGGUUAUGGAGUAUGCUGGGAAGCCAAACAUGGCGGAUUUCUUGCCAUUUCUCAAGUGGCUUGAUCCUCAGGGUAUAAGGAGGAAGACACAGUUCCACGUAAACCAGGCCUUUGACAUUGCAGGAUCCUUCAUCAAUGAAAGGAUGGAAAAGGGUCGUGAUGGAUCCAAGGAAAGCAAAGAUUACUUGGAUGUUUUGUUGGCCUUUCGUGGGGAUUGUUCCGCUGAGCCCUAUACCUUUUCUUCAAGAACUAUUAACGUUAUAAUCUUUGAAAUGUUCACUGCAGGGACAGACACGACAACGAGCACAAUCGAAUGGGCGAUGGCAGAGCUUGUGCAGAACCCAAGAACGCUAAAGAAAGUGCAGAUGGAGUUGAGGAAGAAAAUAGGGCCCGGUAGGAAGAUGGAGGAAAAGGACAUGGAGGAUCUUCCCUACCUGCAAGCAGUGAUAAAGGAGACACUGAGACUUCACCCACCUCUUCCUCUUAUGGUUCCUCAUAUGGCUAUGGAGUCUUGCAACAUGCUUGGCUACGAUAUUCCCAAAGAGUCACAGAUUUUGGUGAAUGUUUGGGCAAUAGGGAGGGACUGGAAAGUGUGGGAUGCUCCGUUGUUGUUCUGGCCUGAAAGAUUUCUGGAGCCAAACACGGUGGUGGAUUACAAAGGACGUCAUUUUGAGUUUAUACCCUUUGGUUCGGGUCGAAGAAUGUGCCCAGCCAUGCCACUCGCAUCUCGUGUGCUUACCUUGGCAUUGGGCUCCCUCUUGCAUUCCUUUGAUUGGGUUUUGCCAGAUGGCCUCAAACCAGAGGAGAUGGACAUGACUGAGGGAAUGGGAAUCUCGCUAAGGAAAGCCAUUCCUUUGAAAGUCAUACCAGUGCCUUAUAGAGGAGCUACUACAGCAAAUGAAUAACGAUGUUAUGACACCAGAGCCAUGUGCAAAUGAUUUACCUUGCACAGCUUUAUGGUCUGCAAACAGUAGUUAUGUAAGAUUGUCAAAAAAAAUGGUUUGAUUGGUGUUAUAA